ACACAUCACUCUCUUGUAAACAACCCAAAUAAAGAAAAUGAAAAUCUUGAUCUUGAUUCUAUCCUUUGUGACACUCUUUGAGAUUUGCGUUGUGGACGCAUGUCGAUCAUACUGUGGAAACAUAACCGUUGAUUAUCCGUUUGGGAUCCGAAACGGAUGUGGGCAUCCAGGGUAUAGAGAUCUAUUGUUUUGUAUGAACGAUGUGUUGAUGUUUCACAUAAGUUCAGGUUCUUAUAGAGUUUUGGACAUCGAUUACGCAUAUCAGUCCAUAACACUGCAUGAUCCUCACAUGUCGAACUGCGAAACCAUCGUGCUCGGUGGCAAAGGCAAUGGCUUUGAAGCUGAGGAUUGGAGAACUCCAUAUUUCAAUCCUACCUCAGAUAAUGUCUUUAUGUUGAUCGGAUGUUCUCCUAAAUCUCCUAUAUUUCAAGGCUUCCCGGAAAAGAAAGUGCCGUGCCGCAACAUCUCUGGAAUGAGCUGCGAAGAAUACAUGUCAUGUCCAGCUUGGGACAUGGUCGGAUACAGACAACCGGGUAUACAUUCCGGGUCAGGUCCACCCAUGUGUUGUGGGGUCGGGUUCGAAUCCGUAAAAGCGAUUAAUCUAAGUAAGUUGGAGUGUGAAGGAUACAGUAGUGCGUAUAAUCUAGCACCCUUGAAACUUAGAGGACCCUCUGAUUGGGCUUAUGGGAUACGUGUUAAGUAUGAACUCCAAGGAAGUGAUGCGUUUUGUCGUGCGUGUGUUGCAACUUCUGGGACUUGUGGCUAUGAACCUGCUGAUGGUGGAGGGCUUAGACAUGUUUGCAUGUGUGACAACCAUAAUUCCACUACAAACUGUGAUUCAGUUAUAUCACCAACCGGUGCAUCAUCAAGUGUUCGACCAAAAGCUAUCGGAUCACUGAUCAUCUACUUCAUAGCUAUGAACAUAGGCUUUCAGAGAAGACAGCGAUGAGUUACCCUUCUUUUUUUUCAGAGAAGACAAUGAUGAGUUACCCAUUGUUAAUGAAAAUCGAACUAAGACUCCAAUUUCUUCUACUUCCACAAUGUUUUGAGUUACCUAUAUACAAUGAUCCAUUUGAUGAGUUAGGGCGGUUUACGGAUGAAGAUCUAACAAAUGUAAUGGCAAACAUGGACAUGGCUUGAUGUCGAUGAAACUAAGUUGUUGCACGAACUUGAUCUUUCAAUAACUAAUUGUGGCCCCAACGAGGAGUUUGAUGGGCUGUCUUCUAUCAAUGAUGGGUUUACCAUCUUGAGACAUGUUCAAACCAUCGAAUGAUGAUCUAAAUGAAAACAUCAGCAAUGAGUGAUUAAAAAAUCUAGUUCAUGCAACAACUUAGUUUCAUCAGCAACCAUUGGUAAUGUAGUAAAGACAUGAGGAGGCAAGUUUUCGAGAAAUGUCAUGUCCAUCAAAUUGGGAUUAGGGGUUGCCAUGACAUUUGAUAGGUCUUCAUCCGUAAAUCGCCCAACUCAUCAAAUUGAUUAUUGUACAAAUCUUCACCUUCUGUCAAGGGAUGAUCAUCAUACAGAUUUAUGUGGAUGACAUUGUCUUUGGUGACCCGUUGACUUGCACACAUGUCAGACUCCUUGGUAUGUGUUUCAAGAGUGGAUGAUUGCACCAGAGCGAGGUUGCAUAGAUUUGUACUAGUUGACACACCCUGCAAAACAAUUAAAU